AUGGACAAGAUCCACAAGUCGAACCUGGUCCAUCGUUAUGAGAAGCGCAGCUUGCUCAUCGCAAUUAAUUGCGUCGCAGGUCUCUCCAUCCUCUUCUUUGGUUAUGAUCAAGGCAUGAUGGGCGGUGUCAACACUGCCUACGACUCCUACACUCGCAUGGGCUUCGGCCAUCAAGGCCCCGACGGCGAGCCCGUUGUCACCAACUCUCUUCUCCAGGGUGGUAUCGUCUCUGUCUACUAUCUUGGAACCCUUGUCGGCUGCUUGGUCGGCGGGUCCCUCGGUGACAGGUACGGUCGCAUCAAGAGCAUUUUUCUCGGUGCCUUGAUUGCCAUCGUUGGCGCUUGCCUGCAGACUUCCGCCAUGAACCACUCCUGGAUGAUCUGCGCACGACUGGUCAAUGGUUGGGGUACCGGUAUCCUCAAUGCAAUUGUGCCUGUCUGGGCGACGGAAAUCGCUGAGCACAAAUCUCGUGGUCAAUUCGUCGCCAUUGAAUUCACUCUCAACAUCUUCGGUGUUGUCAUUGCUUACUGGCUCGAAUAUGGAUGUUCCUUCUACGGUGACGGCACCUCGUCCUUCAUAUGGCGUUUCCCGAUCGCCUUCCAGAUUCCCAUGCUCAUCGUUCUCGCGAUCGUUGUUCUCAUCUCUCCCGAAUCACCGCGCUGGCUCGCCAAAAUGGGUAGAGAAGACGAAGGUCGCUAUAUCCUUACCCGCCUGCGUGGCGAUACCUACGAAGCAGAACUUGAACGUGCCAACUUCCGCAAGCAGACUUACUUCCAUAUGCUCUUCGGCGCUGGAUCUGGCAAGCUACACACUGGCAGACGUGUUCAACUGGUCAUCUGGCUGCAGAUUAUGCAAGAAUGGAUCGGCAUUGCUGGAGUAACCAUCUACGCACCCACCAUAUUCGGUAUUGCUGGUAUGGGUCCUGAGAAACGUCAAUGGAUCUCUGGUCUCAACAACAUCUUUUACAUGUUUUCGACUCUGAUUUGCGUUUUCACUCUCGACAAGAUCGGACGUCGCUGGACUUGUUACUGGGGUUCAGUGGGUCAAGGUAUCGCAAUGGCUUUGGCUGGUGGCUUUUCUUACCUCGGUCAAGAGGCGACACGAAAUGGAGAUGCGUCCAAGGCUACCUCGUACGGAAAUGCUGCCGUGGCCAUGAUCUAUGUCUUUACCUUUGUGUUCGGGGCGACAUGGCUGACCGUACCUUGGCUCUACCCAGCAGAGAUCUUCCCCCUCGAAGUCCGCGCCAAAGGAAACGCGUGGGGUGUCGUCGGCUGGUCGAUUGGCAACGGUUGGCUUACCCUUCUCUGUCCAGUCAUGUUUGCUCAACUGGGGGAGAAGACACUGUACAUCUUUGCUGCUUGCAACGCCAUCACUAUACCAAUGGUGUGGGCGUUAUUCCCCGAGACGAACGGUCGUACGCUUGAAGAGAUCGAUCUGUUGUUUGCCUCGGACAGCAUCUGGAACUGGGAAGCUGAGAAGAAUUUCGCCCGUCUCAAGGAAGAGAGCGGGUAUGGUCAGGAUCAUACCGUACAGCGCAAGGGAAGUUUGGUCCGUGAGAUGAGCGCGCAUGUGGAGGAGAAGGCAUGA